AGCCAAAAAAAGGGUUUCUUUUAUUAUCUUUUCGUUUCUUCCGAUUCCAAUCUGUAAUGGAUUUGAUACAAAUGGAUAAGCGUUUGGAUUCAACAGAGCAAGUGGUUGAAGAAAUCAUGAGAAUUCACAGAUCUCUACCACCAAGACCAGGAAUUGACGAAGUUGAAGCUGCCAAGGGUUUGAUUGAUAACGUUGAGAAAGAAGAUCAAGCUUGUUUAGAAGCCAUUGCUAAACAAAGGAAAAGCUCUGAAGUUCCUGGUGAGCUUUUCAUGGUGUUACAAGAAAUGAAGAAAGGUUAUGUUCAGUUUCGUAGCAAAGAACAGAAACGAGAAGCUUUGAAGCUUCUCGAUCUGGAAACUGUUCACGCUUUGUUCGAUGAUUUCAUUCAAAGAGCUUCUAAUUGCAUUGCUUCUCCUUCCUCUAACGGCUCUGUUUCGUCUCGUCCUCCACUGCCUCCGGCGACAACAACGACGGCUGUUCGUUCUGAUUCUCAGUCAAGUUUGAAUUUUUCUGAGAAAGCUCCUGUUCGUCCCAAGGAUAUGGUUUCACGAGACGAUAGCUUCGUCACAAAGGCUAAGCCUUCUCUCUACAGUGAUGAUUUUACAGCUCCACGAAAACCACCACAGAUUCUGGAUUCAACACUUUCCGCCAGAAAAUUCGCCGGCAAUGAUGGAGAGAAGCUGAGUUUGAUAAAACUUGCUAGUUUGAUUGAGGUAUCAGCUAAGAAAGCUACUCCAGAGAUAAAUCUACAGAACAAGUUAACGGAUCAAGUCGAGUGGCUUCCGGAUUCUCUUGGCAAGUUAUCGAGUUUAACUUCGCUUGAUUUGUCUGAGAAUCACAUUGUGGUGUUGCCAAACACUAUAGGAGGACUUUCUUCCUUGACAAAGCUCGAUUUGCAUUCCAACAGAAUCGGUCAGCUUCCUGAGUCUAUAGGAGAAUUAUUGAACUUGGUUUACCUUAAUCUUGGUAGCAACCAGUUAUCGUCUCUGCCUUCAGCGUUUAGCAGAUUGUUGCGACUCGAGGAGCUUGAUUUGAGCUGUAACAACCUCCCGAUUCUCCCUGAAUCCAUCGGUUCUCUUGUGAGUCUAAAGAAGCUCGACGUUGAGACAAAUGAUAUCGAAGAGAUCCCAUACUCUAUUGGUGGAUGUUCUUCGCUGAAGGAACUCCGUGCAGAUUAUAACAAACUCAAGGCUCUUCCAGAAGCUAUUGGGAAGAUUACUACAUUAGAGAUCUUGUCUGUCCGUUACAAUAACAUCAGACAGUUACCUACGACGAUGUCUUCUUUAGCUAACCUCAAAGAGCUGGAUGUGAGUUUCAACGAGCUCGAGUCAGUGCCUGAGAGUUUGUGUUUUGCCACUACGCUUGUGAAGCUGAAUAUUGGAAACAACUUCGCUGACAUGAUAUCGCUCCCGAGAUCAAUAGGCAACCUUGAGAUGCUUGAAGAGCUUGAUAUAAGCAAUAAUCAGAUCCGUGUUCUACCUGACUCCUUCAAAAUGCUUACAAAGUUGCGUGUGUUUCGUGCUCAGGAGAAUCCACUACAAGUUCCUCCUCGUGAUAUAGCAGAAAAGGGCCCUCAGGCCGUUGUUCAAUACAUGAAUGAUCUUGUGGAGACGAGAAAUGCGAAAUCUCUAAUGGUUAAGCCAAAGAAGAGCUGGGUCCAGAUGUGCUUCUUCUCCAAAUCCAACAAGAGAAAACAGAGCAGCAUGGAGAUUGUCUAACACAGCUGAUAAUGUCACUGACCCUAAAUCAGGUAAUUCUGUUAAAGCUGUUGACAGCACAAGUGACAAACAAAUCCAGCUAUCUUCACACGACAAUGCAUUGAUUUGCAUUGCAAACUCCAAGUACUGUAGAUGUUACACUAUUCAUUCUUUGUUUGUUUCUUUCUUCACUAUUCACAUGUAUCAUUGUGCACAACAUUGUUUCAUUCAUGUCUCUCCACAUAUCAUAGAGCCCAUCCCAAAACAGAACCGAACCAUGUCCCUUGUAGAUUGAGGGUUUUCUUUUAAGCUCUUACUUACCACUUUUGUGUUUAGUCUAUCGUCUCUGGUUUUGUUUCUUUGGUUUGAAACUUAAGACACUCACAACUAAAAGCAUCUGUGUAUA